CCGCGAAGCCAGCCACCACCAUUUGGGUUUUGGGGCGAGCGAGCCGCGAGCGUGUUAGUGUGCGGCUGGUGACGGUCGGUAGUGGUGCCGUCGAUACAUUCGUACUCCUGGCCACCUGGUUUUCUUAAAUUCUAUAAAUCAUGCUGUAGGCACGUUUAGUUGCCUCUUUCAAUAAGACCAGCAAUCGAUUUUAAGAUUUUUCAAUCCGUAAUAAGCAUUAGGCGAAUAUUACUCGCAAGAAAAGGGGCGUGGAUAUUCUAAGGCGUUUCUACGAUUAUUACUUGGGAAGCCAAGGGGCCCCACAGUGCUGCGAGUCAAGGAGGCGGCUGGUGGUCUUUCCUCCCCAGCGCAUUCCAAUGUUCUCGGACGUUAAAGUGACUGUAAAAUAUUCCAGCAGCUGAUACUUGGUCACGAAAGUGUACUAGCACAGUGUCUGAAACAAGUGGUAAACACAUGAGAUUGUGACAAUACUUCGGAAAGAAGAAUUAGAAGCUGCAGAAAUAUGGACGUCAAAAGCGGCGUCGUUCUUCUGGCUUGCCUGCUGGCUAUUUCCAUCUCGCCUACAGUGGAAGGCUUUAAUGUCGGUGUUAAGGGAACAAAAUGCAACCUAGACCCAACCAAAGGAGAAUUAAACGAUCCAUGCCAGUCUCUGUAUGAUGGUGUUUGCGGUGGAAAGUACUGUGAAUGCCCUCCUGGCACUCAUGAAGAUUCUGGUCUCAAGAGAUGUCUUCCAGGAGAUGCACCCAAGACAUCUGUAAGUGGUUCACAGUCAGGUGGGGGAGGAGGGGACUUUGAUUUGUUUGAUGACGUCAUUGACAAUUAUCCAGGGGCAGGCAAAAAGACUCCAUCAGCGCCUCCAGCACCUCCUCCUGCUGUGCCCCCUCCACCCCAACCUCAACCUCAACCUCAACCUCAACCACCACGUCAACCUCAGCCACAGCCACCAUAUAACCCGAACCAGCCUGGAUUCAACCCGAACCAGCCUGGAUACAAUCCGAACCAGCCUGGAUAUAAUCCGAACCAGCCUGGAUAUAAUCCGAACCAGCCUGGAUAUAAUCCAAACCAGCCUGGCUACAACCCAAAUCAGCCUGGAUAUAAUCCAAACCAGCCAGGACAACAUAAACCAGGAGCAAAAGGAGAUGAAAACAUUGGUGAAAAGGCAGGUGGCGGUGUAGGUGGGGCUGUAGGUUUGCUUAUCAUCGGUGCUAUCAUUUACUUCUGCUGUUGCAAGGGUGGAAAACACAAGGAAAUGAUGAACAAGUUUGGAGGAGGACGCUUCCAAGGAAUUCCUUUCAUUGGUGGUGGGCAGCAAGCUGCUCACGGUGGCCAGAUGCAGAUGCAGCAGAGUGCCCCUAUUCAGCAAGAUCCCAACUUUGGUUCACAGCACACUUACAUACCCCCAGGAGGAGGCCCUCCACCAGAUCAGUCACAAUAUGGUCCUCCUCAACAGCCCUACCCUCCACCAGCAGGUGGGUAUUACCCUAUGGUGCCUGGAGAUCCUUACGCUCAACAGCCAGGAUAUGCACCAUAUCCUCCUCAACAAGGUGGUGGACCGAUUCCCAUGCUGCCCCCAAUGCAACCACCUCCUGGGAUGCCCAUGCAACCACCACCAGGCAUGCCCAUGCCCAUGCCACAAAAUCCACCCUAUCCACCUCAAGCAGCACCAUAUGUAGCAACAGCUCCUCCAGAAGGGUUUGCUCCAGAUGGUCAGCAGCCUCCACCCUACACCCCGCAUUACCAACCUAACGCUCCACCUCCGCAGUAAAGGGUAGCUUUAAUGAGGUCCUGCUUUCAACUUAGUGGUUGUAUGGGUUAUAAUACUGGCCUUGGCUAGCUAACCAUAAAGUUGUUAGUAUAACCUGUUGUUGCAUAACAGAAGCUGUAACUUUAAAUCAGUGUACUGUGUAGAAAAUCUUGCCCAAGGUACACUUUCUUACAGAACUGACUUUUAACAAGCACUGUCUCAAGUUUGGGGGCAACCAACUAGCUUGAGUCAUUGUUUCCAGGAGAAAUGAUCUUUUUAAGGGAUCUUAUGGAUUACUACGUCAACAAAGUAUGGUAACAUUAAUCACUCAUUUUUAUAAAAUUUAUGGUUUCUGAAAGUUACUGACUGAUUUGAAACAUGAAUUACCAUCUGUGAAUCACUCUGGCUAGUAAAAGGGAAUACCAGAUGAGUAUGACUGAAAACAUAAGUGUUGUACAAUCUCUGGAGUGUACUUCAGUAAACAAAGUUGCAUUAAAUACCCUUACACGAUACACUGUUACUUAUGUGCUGCACUGUAAACACCUUAACAUAUUUAUUUUGCUACUUCAGCUAUUAGAUUAUUAUACAUAAUGCCUGAGAAAAAUUUUGUACCUCGACAGUAGUGCCACUAUGUUUUCAACAUUACCGUAUUAUUAAUACUCAAGAGUUCCUAUGUGCUCACAGUUUUGGCCAGCCAUAAGAGCGACAAAAUCUACUUAGUAUCUAAAGUAAACAGACGCGUUACUAACCAACUUAUCAGGUUGAUAAAUACAGUUUGUGGGAUAUUCAAAUAACAAACACUAAAACUGUUAUCAUCCUAGCUAAUGCAAUACUUACCAGAAACUUGAUAUGGGGGCAAUACUAACAAAGUGGAAUGAUUAGGCUAUUUUGAAAUUAGUGCUUAAUUAUGCAAAGGACACCACAACUUUCUUAUCCAUGCAGUUACUUUACUCAAAGUGCAGAAUAUGACAAUUUGUUUUUCUAAUAAAUAAUCCAUGCAGUUACUUUCCUCGAAGAACAGAAAUUAAGACGAUUUGUUUAAUCAAUGAAUGUACAUACAGUAUUGUUUAAAAAAAUAUGAAUAUGUAUACAGUACGUAAUGCAUUUUUCCUUACAUAAAAUCAUAAGGGACUUCCAGUGCUGAGAAUUUUAAAUCAGUGCACUGCAUACAACAUGAACAUUUAGAUAUCUUGGAAUUUGUAGUGUUGUUCGUUUUCUUUUUAUAAAUAUGCAGACAUUGUAAAACAAAUUGUGAAGCUAUAUUAACCUGAGACACCUUUAUCUCUGAAUGUGAUGAAAGCAUUAAGGUAUGACACAUGGUUUAUUAGAUUUUUAGAGGAUUUUGUUGAUUCUAUCCCAUUUAUAAAAUACAUCUGAGAUUAUAUGUAUAAUGUGGUAUUAUUACUUAGAAAUAAUUAUGUAUAUAUUUUAUUAAAAUUAAUCUGUCUGAAUAGCACAUACAAUUGAAACUAACUGUAAGGCCCUACGUACUUUCGAUGGUUUGCUUGAAUAAAAAAAAAAAGCAAGAACUGUGAAAGAUACAUUUGAUCAUUCAGUUGACGACUAUAAAUAACUGUAUUGUACCUAUCCUUUUAACUUUAGAGACACUAUAUGUAAAUUAUGAAGCGAGUGUUUUGUUUGUUUCAUAGACCUGAUAAAUAUAAUAGAUUACAAUUCAGAGCAUCUUCUUGGAGAUUCAUAGUGUAUUUUAUCUACAAAUGAUACUUAGUGUAACUUACCAUUCAGGAAAGCUUUACUAUGUACAGGGAUUCAUAGUGCUUCUAAUCUCUCUAUUUGUAAACCUAUCUGUCCAGUGAAAGUGCAUUACAUAAACGCUUAUUUUCAUGUUAUAGAUGAUAAUCAGUAAAGCAUAAUCAGUUGUUUAUAAGGUGCAUUUCAAUAUUUCUUAUGGAAAUUUUACCAAUACAUAAGAGGUACUCUACAUGUUUUAAACAUGUUCUGUUGUAACAACUAUAUUUUUUGAUAAACAUUUAAUGAUGUUUUAUAAUUCUAGAAUGAACUGAGUUUUGGCAAUUUUCUAGGUUUGACUGUAGUUCUUAGGUCAUGUUUGCUUUAGUUAGAAGUUUAUGUUUCCAGUUGCUGUACCUUUAAUUUUAACCGUCCGAUCAUAAUAAAGGAAUUAUGCCA